GCGAUGCUUGUGACCAGGUGAAAUGUCCCAAGCUGAAAGUCUGCGUGGUCAAUAUGCAGGGGCUGCCACUGUGCACGUGUCCAAACCCUUUUGUCUGCCGAGGAAUCAAGAAGAGAGAAGUCUGUGGCACUGAUGGACGGACUUACACGUCUCGGUGCCACAUGAGAGUUGCUUCCUGUGAUGAGGGCGUACCGGUGAGGAAAAAGCACAAAGGACCGUGUACAGAACAAGACAUCGAAACCUUCACUGAAUCUAUCAGUGAAGACAGGAAAGCAGCCAAAAAGACAAAGAAACGAAAGAGGCGUAAAGGCGAAGAGGAAGCCGGAACCGACAGCUUGGCAGAAAACAAGAAAAAGAAAGACAGAAAAAGGAAAAGAAGAAAGAGUGGAAAGAAUCGAGGAAAGAGCAGGGCCAGGAGGCAUAAAGGAAAAAAUCAAGGAGCUGUGAAAACCUUCGAGGAGACGUUUUCCCACUACAAGUGGAACGCCUAA